AUGUCAUUGAAAUUUCAAAGAUAUAUUAUGUGCAAAAUGUGGCCAAAAUGGCAGCUGUUCCAUGCUACGGACUUUCAAUCGCUUAUGUAUCCCUGCUUCACCUUUUGCCGCAUAUUAGGAAUAUUUCCAUAUCGCAUCAACGCUUCAACUUUUGAAACUACGAAACCACUCUAUUUUCUGACAACCUUCAUUACUUGCGUUUUCUGUAUUUAUGAACUAAUAAUGCUGUACAAGAUAGACAUUACUGGAACGAUCAAUUUUGGUACCAUACCUCUAACUCUUGAACGCAAUUGUUUUUUUAUACUCGGCGGAUUUAUCGGGAUUGUUACGUACAUUUUGAACGGUCCUCGAAUGCGCUUACUUCAAAAUAUAAUGGAAAUCUCUUUGAAACUGUCUCCUGAUUCGUACCGAAAGCUAUCUAAAUUUAUUCACGCUAAAGAUAUUUUCGGUUUCUCCUUUCUAUUUGGACGAGCAAUAUUUUUUUAUUAUAUAAUAGAUUAUGGUAUUCCAGACAAGAUUCUCGUACUGUACGUCACCUUCAUAGUAUUUCAAAUGGAUAUGUUGCAUAUAAAUUGUGUAUGCGUAUUAAAAGCCUGUUUUAAGGAAGUCAACGAUAAUCUGAAGAAUUUGCGGAAGCUCGUGAUGAGCGACGAAUCACAUCUUUUGAGGAGAGUUUAUCAUGAGCAGAGAAAUCCAUUCUUACUAAAAAAACUUAAAGCUUUGAAAAAAGAGCAUUUGGUGAUCAGUGACACAGUACAAAUGUUGAAUACGACUUUCAGUUUACAGCUUCUUGCUACCAUAGUUAUGACUUUUGCUGAGCUUACCUUUUCUCUAUAUUUUUAUAUAAUUCAUUGGACAAUAAACCACGCGUUUUAUAAUGCGUUAUUAACAACAUCUUUGACGUAUCAAUGUUCCAAAAUAGUUUUGAUGGGAUGGACUUGUGAUGCAGGCAAGGAUGAGGCCAUAAGGAUCGGUACCAACGUUCAUGAAAUACUGAACAAUAUUAUCGAUGAACAAAUCAAAGAUGAAUUACAGCUGUUCUCCUUGCAAGUACUGAAUCGGGAAAAUACAUUUUCUACUAAGGGUCUUAUACUAGACGCAACGCUUCUCGUUGCGAUAGUGGGUAACAUCACUACGUAUCUAUUAAUUUUAAUACAAUUUUUAAUUACCGACCAAGUUUGUAAUAAAAAGGUUACAAACAGUAUCACGUAA